AUGCCGCCGCGAUACGAUUUCCGCGAGCCGUACAACAAGAGAGAUCCGACUCGCCAGUCGCUGCUAAUCAAGGAAACGGCCGGAAAAGAGCUGAAGCACAUGUUCUCCUCUCGGCUUCUGGACCUCGGCUCCCAGGAGCCGAAAGAAGGGGCGCCGGCCCGGGCCUCCCGGGCCUCCCGGGCCUGGUGCCGGGGAGCUCCGGUUCGACUGCAGGGCAUGGAGCACCGCAAGGACCUGAACGGCGCACUCGGCACCGUCGUGGCAGACAAGCCUGACGAGUUCGGUCGCAUCUACGUCGAGGUCAGUGGCAAGGACAGGCAGGAAACCAGAGCCAGAGUGCUGAAAGUACUCCCAGAGAGGCUUCAGCCAGAAGGUCAGACGCCCGGGCAUGACGGGCUGGACCCACUUGGCGCGAGCCCCUGGUCCUCUUCUGGCAUUCGGACUGGCUUCCCAGGCUUUGGCGUCCUGAAUGUGAAGCAGUGGAAAACACAGCCGGAGCUGGCUGAGAAGUUACACCAGGUCUCUUUGGUGUCGCAUCGAUCCUUCGCGCGAACCGUAAAUGGAGGGUUUUUCCCAGAGCCUUCUGCUGAAAGUGUCUGA